UGUAGAAUGAAAAUUCAGCAGCAGAAGCUUAACGAACAAUGCGGAAGUCUGUAAGUUGUUGCUUGAUCUGCUAGAAAUGAAGCCAAAGCUUCCUUAAAUCACACCCUAAGGGCAUAUUAGAUAAUGUAGUUCUACGGUUAGAAUGCUUUUUAUCUUUGGUCUGCUCGACCAGCACCGACCUAGGACUGAAUAUAUUACAGUUAGGAGCUGGAUGUUUUUAAAGCUGUUAUUUCAACAGCGAAGGUGUUUACGGCGUUGGCUUCAAGAACGAUAAUCAAAAGACGGAAGUCAUUCAUGUCGACGGAAACGAUCGGCGAGCUGAUGAUUUAUAUUUAUUGAUUAGACUCGCGUUUAUUUUAUUUUUUAUUUUUAUACAACAACAACAACAAUAUAUAUAUAUGUGUAUGUAUCCUUGUCUAGCCUUACAACAUGGCAGUUAUCAAGUAAAACUAGCGUAACUAUUUAUCUCAUGUUGCUCAGUGUAAACCCACUGACGACGUCCGGUGCCACGUUCUCUAUACAACAUCAAAACACUUCAAAUCGGACAUGAAAAAAAAGAAUUAUAUGAUCACUUUUCUUUUACAAACCUACUGAAAUCAAAAACAGUUCUUAAAUUUCUUAAUAUGAUUCAUAUUCAUUAUACGCUAAUCCUCUAGUUGUAGCCUGCUUUAUAAGCAGUUUCAAAUCGUCUCAAUGGCUACAGGAUCUCCUUUAAGCAAUUCUCAGCUUGUUUAUUAUUUUCGAGGCCUGCCUUAUUCUUCAAACUUAACUUCAAAUUUGGGAUCUCAAGUCCAGAAUUUGUUUCCAUUGUUGAGACCUAGUUCCCACAGCAGUUUAAGAAGCAGUGAACCUUUGGCAAGUUCAGUCAGAAAUAAUUCACUGAGCAAUAAUAAUAGUUCCACUCCUCAUCUUUAUCCACAACAAUCUAUGGUUAUUAACAUGGACCCACUUGCUAACAGAGACACAGUUAACACAAACUUUGAUCUUAAUGGUAUAUCAACUAACAGUAAUAAUCCCACUGAAGGUGUUUCAAGUGGGAACAAUUUAAAUGGAUACCAGCAGCAACAACAACAACAACAGCAACAGCAACCACAGCAACAACAGCAGGAUUUACUUGGCCUCAGAAAUAUUUCACAUGGUCAACAUGCACAUGCUCAUCAUGAACAUAAUACUGACAAUAGAUCAGACUGGCGUAUUGUAUUCAAAUUGUUACAGAAAUCUGGAAUAUUCGCAGUUAUUCUUUUUAUAAAAGUUAUGUAUGAUCACAGACUUGGGCUGUUAAUAUUCUUUAGUCUCUUAGGAACAUUUUGCUAUGCAAAUCGAGGCUUUGAUAGGCAGACACAUCAACUUAUUGCUCGGCAAGGUGGUGCUCAGCAUAGAACUUUGCUAUCUAAACUCUGGUUGAUAUUAUUUCUUCUUGGUAAUAUUUUGUCUAUAUAUAUUGUAUUUGCUGAUCAGAAACUCUACCGGACAUUAUACCUCCAGCUUCCUGUUAUGGAAAAGUUAGAUAUAUGGUCACUUGCUUGGAUUAUAGGAAUCACAGAUUUUGUACUUAAAUUUAUUUGUAUUAUCUUAAAAUCUUUGGUUGCCAUGUGGCCACGAACAUAUAUACCUUACCGUCGAAGGGGUAAAUAUUUCAUGUUAAUUGAGCAGAUGAUAUAUUUUUAUGGUUGUUUAACACCAAUUGUUCCUUGGGUGUACUUUUUACUGGAUGAUUCAUAUGGGGGUCAGUGGUUUUCUACAUUCUUGCUGGUGAUAUAUACUGCUUUUAAGAUGAAUUUGGUGUACAUACACUCAUUUGAUUUAUGGAAAGCUUGUAAGAAAAUUAACAGUGAUAUGAAUUUAGGUACAAAACCUACAUCAGAAGAAGUUCACACUGCAGGGCAUUCAUGCCCAAUUUGUCAUGAUGAUUUUGCUAACCCAAUAAAACUUACUUGUCAACACAUAUUCUGUGAAGACUGUGUGUCACUGUGGUUUGACCGAGAACAGACUUGUCCAAUGUGCCGUACACGAAUCUCAGACAGUACUCCAUACCGUAGUGAAUCAGACAGUUAUUUCAUUCAGUGGUAUUGAACCUCAAACAGUAUCAAGGCAUCUACUUACUACAUUUGGGAGGUGCUCACACUAAGGAAGGCUUUCUCUUCUCUCUGUUAUUUUUUUUACUUUAUUCUGACAAUGACAAGAAAAUGGAAAAAUGUUUUUAAUACCGAUUCUUUGUCAGUUAAUACAAAUCAAGUUGUUCUUUUCUUAUUAAUUUAAUAAUGUGUUACUAUCUUAGUGCUGUGGUAAUAAUCUGUUUAUUACCUCAGUACUGUACACAAAGUAUGUGUUAUUACUGUACUGCUGUAGUAAAAGUGUAUGUUAUUACUUCAGUAUUGACUUAAAGUCUGUGUGAAGAAAACAAGCUUGAUUACAAAAAAUUGUAUAUUUUUUUACUUUGUUUUGAAUUGCUGGUGGCAUCUUUUUACUGGAACAGGAAGAUAAAAAUCUGUUCCAAAACAUAACUGCUGUUUUCUACUUGAUUUGGUUCUAAAUUUACAGAAUAGCUUAUAAAGCUGUUAUUUAGUUAAUAAUAAUAAUAAUGUUUUAGAAGAUGAUGAAGUAAAGUCUAUGAGAUAGUCUUGUGUGUUGUGUAUGUGUGUGUGUGUGUAAUCUUGGUUGAAAUUGCUACAGGAAUGGCUCAAAGGCUCAAAAGUUUUAUGCCAAAGCACUUGUCAAUUAGUUUGAAGUGCCCUGCUCUGAAACUUUGGGCUCUUGAGUCACUCCCUAAGCAACCUCAAAGAGAAAGAUUAUAUACUCUGCUUUAUAUAUUGAAUUCUCUUUCUCCUAUUUGUAAAAUCGUAAAGUGAAACAUACCUGUUUGUGUGUGUGUGUGUAAUAUUAUACUAACCAAAAGAGCUAAGAUCAGUUGUUAGAGAGAAAAUAUGCUCUGCUUUUAAAUGUAUGAGAUAGUGUAACAAUAUGUUUUUUAAUAUUUUGGGAAUAAGUUUCGAAUAAUUUUUAAUUAGUUAUUUAGUGAAUUACACAGUAAGGUCUAUGCUGUAUUUCUGUACUUCUUUUUUUAUGGGAUAAUGAUAUGUACCCCAAAUUCAUCUGUUAGGCUAUGUAUGAAAUUUUGCAAGGGUUUAAGCUAUUAUUAUAUUUAAUGGGUGAUUUACCAUGCUUUUUAAAGAUCAUACAGCUUUUAUUUCGUAGCAUUUUUCUAUUUAUUUUCUCUCUCAUUGAUAGAUAUUUCUUCAUCAAAAGUGCAAUAUUUUGUUGCUGUUGUUAUCCCUUUUGUAAUUAACAUCAAAUGAUUUAUAAGCAUAUUUAAGGUUUAUAUUUGUCUUUCAACAGUUUCAUUAAAGCUGUAGGGUUGAAAAACCUCUUCAAAAUAAGAAAUAAUGGUGCUUAUUAACUCCUAGAAUCUAUUUUCUUUAAAGAGUUUAGUUUCCAUAUAUUAAUAGAUACACAAGUUUUUUUUUAGCUUUCCUCCAUUCAUCACCUUGGUUAUUACUUAACUUACUCUGGCUAUUCUCUCUCUAAUUUUAUGCAAAAGAUGAGGGUCCUUUUGCAAAUAUCUCAUAUAUUAUCCUGACCAUGCAUCAAUGUUCUAGACAUAAGAAAAACAAAAUUCUUCUUGUUUGGAUUGAAAAUCUUCAAACCUUUCAACUUGAUUUUCUUACUUCCCAGAUCUCCUAGCCAGCCAUCCUAAGCUAUUUGAUGCAUCUUUUUAUUUUUUUUAUCUUGAAAACACCCACCAUGGUAUCUCAGAAUUAAUCUUAUUAUAAACUUCAAUAUUCACAACUCAUUUUGUUGAUCUUACCAGUACAUAAACUGACAUUGUUAUCACUUAAUUUCUCUUUGUACGUACAUCACUGAAUGUCCAUUCCACUCUCCCAGCAUAGUAAUACUUCUACUUCUUUAUUCUUACCCCAAAUGUCUACUUCAAUAUUUCCAUUUGAACUCUUCCUGGUUCUUCUGCUGGAUUUUUACCAUAAACCUUACAACUGCUAGUAAACUGCAUUCUGAAUUUUCUGAGUGUUUAAAUCAACUAAUUGGCAUGAGACAGUUUCUGUAUAGGAUAACCAUGGCAAUAAUUGUACUGAAAAGGCUCAAAAUAUAAUAGGUAGAAUUUUUUUCAAUAUAUUCUUGUAUAUUUCACUUACUAAGAACUAGAAUCCUAAUAUCCUCAAAUGAAAGGUUUUUAUACAGGUGUAAAACCACUUUCAAAGCCCAGAAGUCUUCACUUAUACUUGCUAAUGAUAUUGUUACUAUUAAUAACCAUUUCACUAAGACCAUUAUGGAAUAUAUUUACAUCCUAUACAUACCUACUAAGUUAUCACUUAAUUAUGAUACAUUUCUAUUAGCUUUAGCUAAUGUUUUCUUGUAAUAAUAAAAAAAAAACCUAAUUUUUAUCACCAGCCAUCCUGUCACCAAAUCUGUUGUGUGUUUGUUUCGUCUAGCUGCUUUGAUUUCCUACACCUCUCUAGGUAAACAGCAAUCUCCUACCCUUUCUCGACAUUGCAAUGCAGUGUAUGUUGAGAAUUUUGCUUCAUCCCUAAACUUCUUUAACUCUGAUGUCAGUGUUUUAUCGUCAGUGAAUUCUAUGUUCUGCUUGUUACAAAUAUCAACACUUUCUAUAUGAUAUCCAUUGUAGUCUUCAAUAGGGAUUUCAAAAUCUGGUUCAAUGGACAUAGGCAAUUCACACCAAGUCAGAUCAAGUGAGCAACAUUAACAUGGAACUACACAAAGAAUAGAAAAGUCAGAUAGACCACACAACUAGACACAAAUAUUCCUAUUAACAGGUUAGGUGCCAACACCAAUUUUAAUAUGCUGUUUAUAAGUUCUGUUGCUAGUCUAAUGACUGAAACAAGUAUAAGAUAGAAAAUAAAGAUAAUUAAUUCUUUUCUAAUACAUUCUUUACAGAUUCUUAAAAAUCUAAAAGAAAAUUAUUAAUAGUUCAUACAGAAUUAAUUUAUGAAUUGUUUUUCAUGAGCAAACAUUAGUCUCUUCUGACAUAUUGAUGAAUAUUACACUUAAUAGCUGUAAUAGUCUUAGGUAAGAAAUUAUAAAUACUUAUUUAAAAAUUCCUUUGUGUUGUAAAAUCAGUUGUGAGAAUAAUCAACUUCAUUUUCUAAUCUAUUAAUAACUUUGAAAACUUAAUAUUUAACAUAUUUCUUUUAUUAUUUAGAAAUUUUACUUAGUAUUUCAAAAGUCUGUAUAAUUUCUUUUCGUGUUUUUUCUUUUACUUAGUCACAUGCAUAUUACAAUUUUUGCUGUCUGAAUCUGUUUAAUGAAGUGAGCUAUAUAAGCAUUUCUGACUAGAGCUUUAUAAUAUAAAAUUGUACUUCCUUAACUUGUAAUUAGUAUGUACUUAUAACUAUACCAUUAUUUUGCUUUAUAGUUAUGGAUGUGGAAAUGUUAUAGCUCAGGCUUCUAUCAAAGUGACUCCAAAAUCCUCCAGCUAUUACUGUUAUUUCAAUUAAGUUAGCUCCUAAGUCUUUAUUUGUGUUAUGCUUUUAUGCUUGCUCCUGCAAUUUAACUCCUACUUUAUUUGGUCUUGUGGUAAGUUGAUACAAAAUAAUUUUGAGAAAUGUAUUUGUCUUUUGGAGAAUUUAUUGGCAUUUAUUUGAUAAGGAAAAAUAUAGAAUUUUCUCAUAAAAAAUGGGUGCCACUAUUAAUUUGUGACCUAUAGUAUCAAAUUUUAAAAAUAUAUUAUCUUAUAAACAUCUUCCUAACUGAAAAUAAGACAAAAUUUAAAAACAAAAUUCAAAGUGAAUUCUUUGAGAAGAUUUAUCUGAUUCUAUUUUGAGCAAAAAGAUCAUAGUUAAACAGUUAACUAUGGCCAUGGAAGUAAUGCAAUGAUACUAAUAAGAUUAUUGCUCUCACAGAAAUUGUUGUCAUUUAAGCAUUGCGCCUGCUGCCUAAGUCUAUAAAUUCACAGGUCUUCUUUCUGUGGAUUCAGUCAGUAAGAUUUAAGUGUCUUUGCUAAAGACUAUGAUCAGAUACCAAAUAUAUUUCUCUUGUUUCAACAUUUUUACUUUUAAUCUACUUAUCUGAACAAAACUUUUCAAUCUUUGCUAUCUUGCUUACUAUAUACAUCCAUGAAGAAGGAAUGACACUUGUUUUCUUCUAGUUUGCCUGAGAGAGACAAAGGUAUGUUCCUAUGGCAUCACUUGUAAGUCAAUGGUGUACCAAUAACAGUUCACUAACCAUCUGCAUCACAUCUCUAUCACAAUCUAUUAUGCAUAGCAGUAUUACAAGAAUAGUUCUACUCACUAGUUUCUCUAACUUAAUUAGAACAAUGUCAGAGAAAAUGUUAGACUUUUCUAGAUAUAUCAUCAGUAUUUUCUCAUUCUUAAAAAAAAAAGAAAAGAAAAAAGCUCAACACUUUUGGUUGUGAUAAAUAACAAAUACAUUUUCCAUGUUUUUUUUUUUGUUUUUUUUUGGAGGAAAAUGUAAUUUUCUCUUGUCUUCUGCAGCUACAAAUCUCAUACAUAAGCCUGUGUGAUGAAGAACAUGAUGAAAUCUUAACAUUACCUUUACGCAGUAAAAAUGACAUGAAUAAAGUAGUACUCAUGUACAAAAGAGAAUCCUUAAAAGCAUCUAAUUUAAUUUUGUUAAAUAUGUUUUAAGUACUAUUGUCUUUUUCUGUCAAUAAGAGUAAUUUUUAUAUAACUUUUAGUUUGUAGCCAUGUUGUUUCAAGCUGUUUGAAACAAUUAAUCCUGUUCUUUUAAGUUGAGCUAGGGAUUUUCUUUCUUUCCUUUUUUAAAACACAAAAUUUUAGGGUAUAGCAUUUAAAAAAAAUUCUUUGUUGAAAUGCUUACAUUAAAUGUUUUACCUGUAUAUUUCUCUUUUCAAAUUUAUUAACAUUGAACCACCUUCCAUUUGUAGCAGUGAUAUUUUAAUACACACAACUUAACAGCCGAGCUGUUAGCCUUGUAAACAUUAUAGAAGGAACCAUUCUAAAAGAUCGAUGUUAUUGCAAAAGUUUUUUUAACAAUUUAAAAAAGAAAUAACCACUAAAUGUCUUGUCUUAAAAAUAAAUUUAUUUUAAAGAUGAUAUAAAUAAUACUAAUGAAAAAAUCUCUGUAAAAUUGUGAUAUAACUCUUAUAGUUUAACUAUUGAGGAAGAUAUCCUUUCAUAGGCUUUGGCAUCUUCAUCUGUCCAGCUAUCCAAAAUUAUAUAAAAUAAAGGAAUGUUUUUUUUUUUUUGGAUUAUCAAGCUGAGGUAACUUCCAUUUAUUCAAUCUCAGUAUUUAUUUGAUAUAUUCUUUAUUUUUCUGAUUCUGAUGAUGAUGACAAUGAUUAUGAUGAUGAUAAUAAAUUAUUAUUAACCCUU